AGAAGGCUGUGACGUCAGACGCAAUUACGUGAAACGUCACGCACGCUUUGGUCAAGAAGCGCCAUUGAAAGUUUACAGAGGGUUAACUUUGUAUAUUUGCACCAUUUAAAAAGCCAUAGUGAAGAAUAAUACGUCUCCGUUUCAUCUGACGUGCAUUGCUCGGUAUGUUCUGCUUUCCGGUGAUUUAAUCAGCGUUUAAUUACGGUUAUAUUUAACUCUUUAUCAACCAGAGCAACCAAGCUAACGUUAGCAACCCGCUAGUUCCAUUCAUUCCCUGCAGAAGGUCUCAGUGAAGUCAGGAGUCAGUGUUCACGGCUCAGCCUGACCCACCAUGUUCCGUCCCAAACCGACCCUGAAGGACCGGCAGCACCUGUACCGGCUCAUCAUCAGCCAGCUCCUCUAUGAUGGGUACACCAGCAUCGCCAACAGUCUCAUCAGUGAGGUCAAACCCCCGACUGUAGUGUCCCCCUCUGAGCAGCUCAUGCAGCUGGCAAAGAUAGGGAUGGAGAAUGAUGACAGUGCAGUCCAGUACGCUAUUGGGCGUUCAGACACAGUGGCCCCUGGUGUCGGUAUAGAUCUGGAAUUUGACGCAGAUGUCCAGACCAUGUCCCCAGAGGCAUCAGAGUAUGAAACCUGCUAUGUGACAUCCCAUAAGGGUCCGUGCCGCGUCGCCUCAUACAGCCGUGAUGGCCAGCUGAUCGCCACCGGUUCUGCUGAUGCUUCCAUCAAGAUCCUGGAUACCGAGCGCAUGCUGGCCAAGAGUGCCAUGCCUAUUGAGGUGAUGAUGAACGAGACGGCACAGCAGAACAUGGAGAACCACCCUGUGAUUCGAACGCUGUAUGACCACGUAGAUGAAGUCACCUGCCUCGCCUUCCAUCCAACUGAACAGAUCCUAGCGUCUGGCUCCAGAGAUUACACCCUCAAACUCUUUGACUACUCCAAGCCUUCAGCAAAGAGAGCUUUUAAAUAUGUACAGGAAGCAGAAAUGCUGCGCUCCAUCUCCUUUCAUCCAUCAGGUGACUUCUUGCUCGUAGGGACGCAGCACCCCACUCUCCGCCUCUACGACGUCAACACCUUCCAGUGCUUCGUGUCCUGCAACCCCCUGGACCAGCACACGGACACAAUCAGCGGCGUCAGCUACAACCCCUCUGCUAACAGCUACGUCAGCUGCAGCAAAGACGGCAGCAUCAAGCUAUGGGAUGGCGUCUCCAACCGCUGCGUGACCUCAUUCGAUAAGGCCCACGAUGGGGCGGAGGUCUGCUCCGCCAUCUUCUCCAAGAACUCCAAGUAUAUCCUCUCCAGUGGGAAGGACUCUGUGGUCAAGCUGUGGGAGAUCUCAACGGGCCGGACGCUCGUCAAGUACACAGGCGCAGGGCUGAGCGGCCGACAGAUGCACCGCACACAGGGCGUCUUCAACCACACGGAGGACUACGUUCUGCUGCCAGACGAGCGCACCAUCAGCCUGUGCUGCUGGGACUCCCGCACGGCCGAGAGGAAAAACCUGCUGUCUCUGGGACACAACAACAUCGUCCGCUGCAUCGUCCACUCGCCCACGAACCCCGGUUUCAUGACCUGCAGCGACGACUUCAGGGCCCGCUUUUGGUACCGCCGCACCACCACAGACUGAAACACACCACGCCCCCCCCAUGAUCCCACUCUCUCUUUGACAGGAUGCUGGACUUUGCUGUCCCCAUGUCUUCAGUCAACUUGCUGUUCAUACUGAAUGUUUUUCAUCAUCUGUGUGUGUGGAACUCAUGUGAUACUUCUUCUGUCCCCCCCUGCUUCAUGUUCAGAGUCAAGAGUCAGGACGAUACUUCUAAACACUUUGUGAAAGAGAAACUUUUGUCUUCUUCAGCCGAUCGUCUGGCCUCUGAAACGUCUUUCACUGCUUAGAAACUUCAUUUCUAUCUUUCCUCAUGUCUCACAUUUCAUAGAUUUAUGUUCUUAGUGACAGCAAAGUUCUCUUUUUCACUUUUAUAUUUGUGUUCUUUGAUGUCAUUCAGAUUUUUAUUAAACAAUUAACAGGAA